AUGGAGUUAAUGUCAAGCAGUGAGGAAGAAGGUGUUGAGAGCAAUUUAUUUACGUCUUCAGCACAACGUAAACGUCCACAGGCUCCCGCCAGUCAAGACAGUCUCGAAGACGAGCUCCUGAGUCCAACGACGCGUUCUGACAGACCCACACCCAAGCCCAGCAGCUCAAUUGCACCACCUAAAAGUCACAAGCCUGUGAUCUCGGCACGUGAGCUGCUACACUUUCUACCGUCUACAGCAGAGCAGAAAGAGGUAACAUCACCUGCAAGAGACGCUAAAGAGGCAGCAAUCGAUGCAGCAGUGGCUGCAUACUCGUUAGUCACGCCAAAGAGACUCAACGAGUCUUUGACUAAGAAAGAAAAGGAGUUGUCUGCUGGUGAACGUAUUGCUCGGAAGUAUGGCCUAGUGGCUGCAGCAACGAUACCGCCGAACGAUUCGACACGCUCACGUGCCUCUUCUGGCUUGACAGAUUCGCGUCCUGUUGCUGAUAGACACUCAACCGAUUCGGAUAGCCAUGCAGCGAAGAAGAAAACGUCUCCGAUCGUUGCAACUCCAAUGGUUAAGACAAAGAAAAGGUCGUUCUGGGACGUGCAAACUGUUGGUGUUGAUCCUGACGAGCCGACAUCAAGGACAAUGUACGUGUCUCCGUUUAGCAACCCAGAGGGGUUUAUGAAUGCGAAGCGAAGACGACAACGACGACAGCAACUAGCCAAAGAAAUGAAUGAAGAAGAGAUGCACACUGCUCGUGACGCUUUUUACGAUGACUCAAAGAGUGACGCACAAGACAUUGGGCCACGACCACGACAUAUUAUGGCUUCUGCUAUUCCAGCGAUCGAUGAUGUUGCAGAUGAAUGGAUGUCGGAUUCCAAGGAAGUGGCAUGGGAUGAUGAGAAGGUUUCUAGCAAGGUGGUCGCAGUAGGGAACAAAACACGCUUGACUCCUAGUCGAUCAAGUGAUAUUGGUAGUAGGCGCAAGACGCCGUCGAAGCAGCAAUCAUGUAAACGAGUGCAGACGGAAGAGAGUGAUUCCAGCGAAGACGAGAAGGAAACUUUUACUUGUGAACGGUGGCCGCAACUUGAUCUACCUAAGAUUGAUGCUGGCCCUAUGAUUCUGACAUCUUCGGUGGAGGAAGGAUCCAAGACUCUUGAAGUUUGUGCAAGUAUGAAUAGCUACCUGUUUGAGUACCAGCGCGUAGGUGUGGAAUUUCUCUACAACGCCUACCUGCGUGGCACUGGCGCAAUUUUGGGUGACGAUAUGGGACUUGGAAAGACGAUUCAGGUCAUUGCGUUCCUGUCGGCACUUUUAGGCAAGUGUGGCGAUCACCGUGACAAAGACGCAUGGAGGGCGUUGCUGCAUCAGCGUCGAGAACGGCAUAAUGAUAGUGGUUGCAGUGGUCAUCCUGAAGACUCGGGUUAUAGCUUUGCUGGUGAGGUUGCGCCAAUUUUUAUUGUAAUGCCUGCAUCUCUGCUCCAAAAUUGGGAACAAGAGCUGCAUACAUGGAUGAGCUGUACGACUGUCAUCCUUCGAGGAAAACCAAGUGACCGCGACGCAAUGAUCGACCAAAUUGCAAGGGGUGAAUAUGAAAUCGUUAUUUGCAGCUACGGUAUCCUGAAGAUGUAUUCGAGUCGACUGCACAAGAUUUCAUGGGAGGUUGUGAUUCUGGACGAAAUGCACUGCUUGAAGAACCCUGAGGCUCAACUUACGAAAGCUGUGAAAGCGAUUACGUGUCGUAAAAGACUUGGACUUACUGGAACAUUGAUGCAAAACAAUGAGAAAGAGCUUCAUUGCUUGGUUGACACUAUUGCGCCAGGGGCAAUCGGGUCUUGGACGGAGUUCAGUAUGUAUUACGGAAAUGAUAUCAAGUACGGAAGAAAAAAAUCUGCUGCUCCUGAAGUUGUUGAACGGGGUCAACAGAAAGAAAAAGAGUUGCGCAAGAAGCUGCAACCAUACUACCUUCGACGAGAGAAAGAAAUCAAUCCGACGUUCCAAGAAGUUAAGAAAACUGACCAAGUGGUAUUCUGUGACCUGACCACACUUCAAAUGGCAGCAUACCAGCGGGUAUUGGCGAUGCCUGAGUUUCAGCUGCUUCAACGUGGAGAUGAAAUCUGCGACUGUGGUCGCGAUAGUAGGGAGACACGGAAAAAGUGCUGCUACAAAACACCCAGGGAUGUUGGUGAUGCUCCAGGAUUGCUGUAUGAACGUUUUCACAAAGAUGGACCAUGCAAAAAUUGUCCAAACUGCAUGGGUCUUCCUUGUGUGGCUAUGCUGUUGAAGCUGUCUAAUCAUUUAGAGUUGCUGAAGGUUAAUCCGCAUGAUGGAGCGGAGCUACAACAUUACCAAGCUGAGUUUGCAAGGAUAGCAUUUGGUACCGAUAUUGAUGCUGUUGGAGGUGUCGAACAGGUGUCAAAUUUCCAAGAAAUGUGUGCUAUCUCGACGAAAACUUGCGGUAAGAUGAUAGUACUGGAGAAACUACUCGCAAUAUGGAAGAAACGUCGGGAACGAUCGCUUAUUUUCAGUCGAAGCACUCGAAUGCUAGACAUCAUUCAGCUUUUCUUAAUAACAAAAGCGACACGAUACAGUCGAUUGGACGGCAACACAAAGGUGGAAGACCGUUUGCAAAUGGUAAACGAUUUCAACAACCCUUGCAGCAACACUACUGUAUUCCUAAUUAGUACAAGAGCUGGAGGUGUGGGUCUAAACUUACAGAGUGCGACGAAUGUCGUAAUCUUUGACCCUAGCUGGAACCCAGCACACGACUGCCAGGCUCAGGAUCGGGCGUAUCGUAUCGGCCAAACCAAAGAUGUGCAGGUAUACCGACUCAUUACGCUUGGAACAAUAGAAGAGAUGAUUUACGUUCGUCAGAUUUAUAAGCAGCAACUCAGCGACACAACUUUGAAGGGCGCCAAUACACCACGAUACUUUGAGGGUGUACAAGGAAACCCACAACAACGAGGAGAGCUUUUCGGUAUCGCAAACUUGAUCUGCUGGAAACCUAAUGGUGUGCUCAAGGGAAUUCAGGAUGUGUAUCAACGAAGCCGUGACGGUUUGAUAGUGCAAUCGAACCGAGUUCGAUAUGACGCUGUGCCGAUAAAAAAACAUGCAAAGAAGUCCCAACCAGAUAUCGUGAACGAUGACGAAGGUGAAAUGAUCGAGGUGGCUGACGAACUGAUUUCGGAGAUUCUAGUACCGGAGGACUCACCUACAUUAUCUUCUACAGAAGAAAAGCCGGCAGCUAUCAGUAGUGAUAGUUGCGACAAUGAUAUGGACGUGCUGUUUAAUGGAGCUACGACUUUUCGCCACAGAGAUAUGGUUGGUGAGCAAGAAGGCGAGCAGCCGGAAGCUCUUCAACUGGAAGGCAAUGUAGCAGUGGUUAAGGAUUCGGAAUCUGAGCUGGAUGCAUCGGCUUGUAAAAGCGAUAUCGAGCAACAUGCCAUCGACCAGCAACCAUCUUCAUCUUGUCCGGCGUCUGUGAAGAGAUCCCGUGGCAGCAUUCUAUCACGCAUGAAAGAUGCAGCAGAAGGUUCGAAAGAUGACUCUACGUUGGACAAAGAGCCGCAGAAAAAGUUGUAUGUGCCCAUAUACUUGUAA